AUGCAAAUUCAACAAUCGAUGACCCUCAAACGCCCCAAUGUUUCUUCUCCUUCGCCUGCAACCUUCCCCUCCAUGCCCCUCCCAUCAUUGUCUCACUCCCCACGCCUCCCUCCCCACCCAUUCACACCUGCUCCUGCUCAUCCAUCAUAUGCCUCACUCGGAAAGUCUUCCCCACUACCUGCUCCUGUUCCCAUCCUCGAUACUGGUGGUUCCACUAGUAGCAACCGUCCUUUCCACCUCCACCUGUCGCUCGCAGAACUGAAUAGCCUUCGCCACGCCCUGGCUCGUCGCAUCCACUGGGAUAACAGGCAGAUUGUCGCCUGCUGUCGCCCUGCGAUUGCUGCUGCUGCUGCUGCUGCUGCUGCUGCUGCUGCUGCUGCUGCUGCUGCUGCUGCUGCGACUGCUGCUGCCGUUUUGGACGCUUAG